UAUGCACUACAGCUUCGAUUAAUAAUUUGAUUUUAGUCUAAAUUGAAGUCUCCUUUGAUAAUUCUACUAAUUUCUAGCCUUUCUAUAUAUAUCAAACUAGGUUCCCAAGUGUUAGAUCCAAGCAAAAGGAAUCUGACAUCAUAGAAAUGCAUCUUAUUGACAACCGGCAACCCAUAACCAUAGCCAGCAACCAACAUAUAUGACAAAAAACGCCGUGUUGUGCUAAUAAACACUUUAGAAGUGGAAGAAUUCUUAUCAACUUCAAAGGAAAGAUGUUGCAACUUAUUUCAAUGAUCGUCCUUGGUCUGAGUUCUCCCUCCUUCCAAACAAAUGAUUUACUGGUCUCAAGCCCAUCUGGCGUGUUCAAGGGAACUCAGCUAACUGCUCCCAGUGGCCUGAGUUUUGUUGCCUUUAGAGGUAUACCAUAUGCACUUCCACCCGUUGGAGAACUUCGAUUUGGAAAACCACGGCCGCAUCCGAAAUUGGAGAAUGUUUACGAUGCCACUAAGGAAGCUCCAAUCUGCCUUCAGCCCUCCGGAGUUGACAUUGGAAGCCCAGGCCAGGAGGACUGCUUGUAUCUCAAUAUUUUCAGACCUGUUAGACUGUUUGAGAAAACCAAUCAAGGUCUGAAAAAAGUUUUGGUGUACAUACAUGGUGGUGCCUUUUUCAUGGGUUCAGGCAAUGAAUAUGUUCCUGGUGAUUUUGUUGCUCAGGGUGAUGUCAUUGUGGUCACACUGAACUACCGGCUGUCGUGGCUUGGGUUUCUCAAAGGGAACACUCCACAACUGCCCGGGAAUCAAGGAUACUGGGACCAGCUGAUGGCUCUACAGUGGGUCAAGGACAAUAUCCAAUCUUUUGGAGGAGAUUCAGACGAUAUAACUUUAGCUGGACAGUCUAUGGGAGGAGAAAGUGUUUCAGUGUGGAGCAUUGUCAAUCAGAGCAGGAAUUUAUUUACGAAGGGAAUUGUGAUGAGUGGCACCAUCUUCACUUGUCCCUCCACUCAAGGUUCAUCCGAUAUUCUCCUAGACCUUCUUGUAGACAGAGUUGGAUGCAGGCCAAUGAAUCAAGAUGCCAAGACACUUUCUAAGGAGUGGUCAGAGGAGGAAGUAUCGAGUGUUAUAACUUGUCUGCAAAGCCUCCCAUCUGAGACGUUCCAGUUGCCUCCUGAAGGAAGCCUCACAAACAAGUUUACAAGUAUUGAUGGAGAGUUGUUUCCUGCAUCUUUUAGUGAACUUGUGACUGAUGUUAAGUACUUAUCUGACGUUGGAUUCUUCUCAAAGUCUUUUCUUGUUAGCCUGACCAAUAAUGAAGGUGCUCCAUUGACUAAUGGAAUUUUUGCAGCAGAAGGAGCUGACGAGACUGAAAAGGAAUUCUUAAGCAAGAAAGUCAGAGUGCCACUACCAGUGAUUGAAAAGGCCUAUGAAUCAUACAGUCAGCCAGAGGUCUCGAGCAUCAAUAAAGUGCAUGAUAUUUGGUCGGACCCCAUACUGGCAGUACCUACUUUUGAUUUCUUGAGGAUUCACACUUCAAAAUUCAAAGGGAUGACUCCAGAAGAUGCAGCAGGGAAGUCAUACUUUCUGUAUUUUGACAUCUUUCCAAGUUUCUUGCCUGCUCCUCAUGAGGGGACAUUUCAUAGCUUUGAUCUAACGUAUCUGUUUGAUCUUCAACCCAGCUAUGUUUUGAAAUCGUUUUACUCCCUUGAAACAAAUGAGACUUUUACUGCUGAAGAUGUCCAGUUGAAGUCUUCAUUGAUCAAAAUUGUAACCGACUUCAUGGCAUCUGGAAAUCCCGGUGUGACCCUGGCUGAGAACUUGAACAUGGAAUGGCCUCCUUAUGAGGAAGAAUCUGAAUUUUACCUGAACUUCAAACCUGAUUUUGCUGUGGCUCAGUUCCCUAUCAAGGCAAGAAGAGAUAUCUGGACUGACUUGUUUCCAAAGUGGAUGAAAGAAUUUUCAGAGUCAUCUCAAAGGAAGACCGAACUGUAGAGUAACAUUAUGACGACUGUACUAUCAAAAGUCUUGUUUGAAAUAUUAUGUCUUUAAUAAAUAUCAGUAUUAUGUCAUUUAUUCCCACAAUGUUUAGGACACUAAAAUUAUUAUAGCAAACACAAGCUUCG